UACGCGACCUUGAGUGUCAGUUCCAUAAUGGCUGAAGAUCCUGGAGGAGCUUUCUUUAAUUUCACCCUCAUUUUUAUCGGGUUUUCGUUACCUCUGCUGGAAAGAUGGCAGGGCACACAGCCUCGAUAAACGGCCACAGACCCCCGCUCUCGUCAUGCCCAAGAAAGGGAACCGAAAACGGCUGAAAUUCAAAGCCGAGGAUGUUUGCUCGGAGUCAGUAACUGUGGCUGACUAUGCCAACGCUGAUCCAGCCAUCGUGAAGUCAGGAAGAGUUAAAAAGGCUGUUGUUAAUGCAAUUGAAAAAGAAGUGAAAUUACUCUGUGGACUCGAGGCAUCACAGGGUCCUGUGCAGGAGGUGCUCUCGUCUGCAGUCGGUGUGAGUAACGCAGUUCAUGAGAGCAGUGACGAACUGGACUCAGAGGAAGGGGAUGAAAUCAAAGGGUCCAGCAAAAAGAAAAACAAAAGAUGCAAAGAACACAGUGAAAACAUAGAUGGAGAGGAGUAUCCCAUUGAUAUUUGGCUUGUGCUUGCUGCAUACAUUCGUCCAGAAGACGUCUGCAGAUUCUCUUUGAUCUGCAAGAAUGCGUGGACUGCCACAUGCACUGCUGCAUUUUGGAAAAGACUCUACAAAAGGCACUAUAAUCUUGAUGCAGACCUCCCUGAUCGCCUUCAGCCUGAUUUUAUCGCAAGGAUGCAUUGUCUUCGUGCCCGUGUGAUUCGCUCGCUUUUUCACUUAUAUGAGCCCUUUAGCUCGCGUGUGUCCAAAAGCCCUCCUCUUCCUGAAUCUACACCUACUACACUCCUCAAUUCCAAGUGUUUAUUGUUUUGGAUCCACAAAGUUUCUGGAAGUAGGUCAGAGCCGAUGUGGGAAUUCAACUUCAAGUUUGUGAAACUGCCAACCAAAGGUAAAAAUGGAUGUAGUAUGGGUCUUCAGCUGCCCAAGCAGUAUAAAGAUGUUCACACUAAUCCAGACUCAGACUGUUACCUACUGCGGGUCACUACCCUCAAUUUCAUUUUUACUUCUGUUGUGAUGGGCAUGACAUUAACUUUGUUCAACAUUAAUGUGAGCACAGACAUGAGGCACCACCGAGUGCGCCUGGAGUUCCAGGAUUCACCAGUCAUUCGAGGAAGGAAACUUAGGGGUGAACAGGGGGUGCAGGUAGUGCUGGACCCUGUCCACAGCGUGCGUCUCCUGGACUGGUGGCACCCUCAGUACCCCACAUCUUCAUUUAAUUAGACUGAUGAACUCCACCAACCUUCUGGAUUAUAGAAAUAUUGCAGAAGACAAUUCUGGCCUGUUUCAACCAAUCAUAAAGUCCUGAGUCGGCUUGGCAGUCACUAUUUGUUUUUCUG